CCAGUCCUGGUGACUCAGUCAACAGUUGUAGUUCCAGUGAGAACCAAAAAACGUUUCACACCUCCUACCUAUGAGCCUAAAUACAAAACAGAAAAGGAGUUUAUAGAACAUGCCCGGAAAGCAGGAUUGGUCAUUCCUCCAGAACACUUGGAGCGUCCCAUACAUCUGGCCUGUACAGGUGAGACGUGGUAUUUCUGGGACCCUGAUUCAGGCCCCCUUCUAGUCCGGAAGAUUAAAGAAUAUGAUGCCAGUUUUAAAACAAAGGACUUCCCUGAAAAAGCUAAGGAUAUCUUCAUUGAAGCUCACCUUUGUCUAAACAACUCAGACCAUGACCGGCUUCAUACCUUGGUAACUGAACACUGUUUUCCAGACAUGGUCUGGGACAUCAAAUACAAGACAGUGCGCUGGAGCUUCGUGGAGUCUUUAGAGCCGCCCCAGGUGGUUCAGGUUCGCUGUUCGAGUCUGGUGAACCAGGGCAACAUGUAUGGCCAGGUCACCGUGCGUAUGCACACGCGCCAGACUCUGGCCAUCUACGACCGGUUUGGCCGAUUGAUGUAUGGACAGGAAGAUGUGCCCAAGGAUGUCUUGGAGUAUGUUGUGUUUGAAAGGCACCUGACGAACCCCUAUGGGAGCUGGAGACUGCAUGGCAAGAUCGUCCCCUCAUGGGCACCCCCUAAGCAGCCCAUCCUUAAGACGGUGAUGAUCCCUGGCCCCCAGCUGAAGCCGUGGGAAGACUAUGAAGAGGCACAAGGAGAGCCCCAUCAGCCUCAGCCGGUCUGACAAAAGAAAUGACUCCUGGGGUGAAGCGUGGCCAAUCAGCUGCUGGAUGCUGCGAAGUCACCAUCGCCAUCAUGCUGUUGAAAGGGAGCGCCUUCCUUCUCUUCUGUCUGCUUGGAUCUUUUCAGCAGUCUCAUCCUCAACUGCCGUGGCUGAUGGCUGGGCCUGGGCAGGUGGCUGGUAGGCACAGCCAUGGGCCCUCUACUUUUUUGUAUUAUAUGUCCAUCUUCUGAUCUAGUAUGAAGGCUGUGUGUGUCAGAGAACAUCUGAUACCAGUGUUCUCCACAGCAGGGACUGUGCAAGCAAACCAGCAGCAUUUUCUUUGUAAUGACAGGGCAGGGAUCAGAGUUUGAAAUAAAACACUCUCAGGGUGUUGGAAAAAUUGUGGUGGAUUCUGUGCUUUCCCCUGUUUGAGGCUGGGAAUAGACCAGCCUUCCAGUGGCAGAAGUAGAAGGCGAGCUUACUUGUGAGUGAUGGGACUUCCAGGAAAUCUAAACUUGGGAAGAAUAGUGUUGAUAUAAUACCACUUAAGAGGACCUUUUCUCAGACAUUGACUCACUGAUGAAUCAGCAUUUGUAUUUUAUAGAAGAAUAUAAAUCCAAAGAAAUAAUUCA